AUUAGUAGACCCGUCUCAGUCUCAGACUAAGAAACCCCUUAUGCACAGGCAUGAAUUGACGUGAAGUUGACGUGUGUACAAGACACGCCUAACGCCAGCCCCAACGCAGCAAAGACGGCAGAAGUCCCAGCGCCGCCGAGGUCAACUUAAAAGUGCCGGUUUGCCAAUAACACCGAUUAGCUCGGCAACGAUGGCCCAAUCAGCUGGACCAGGGUUCUCACCGAUCGACACCCACAUCUCUCAUUUGGAGGCCUGCAUCGAGACUCGAUCACCCCCACUGCGUCAGCCCGCCAGGAGGGUCCUCGUCUCCCCCACACCACAAAAUGUGACAAUGCCGCCAAUGACAAAUGUCUCGGAAUGCAAUUUGCUUUUAGACCGGUUUGAUGCACAAGGGCCUGUUGGUGAUGGCUGUGUCCUUGUCUUGGAGGGUGGCAGCCCGGGCUUAGUGUGGAGGGAAUGGAGACGAUGGGCGAUGGGAGAUAGACGAACUAGACCAUCCAAGGGAGGGCUCGUGGGAAAAACACCGUUCCUGGACUUGUGGCGGGCUGGAGGAAGCCCUAAGAACGGAGUGGCAUUUCUGAUUGCUCACCGAGCCCUAUUAGUGCGCUGCACUCUCCUUGUUUCCGGCAUCUGCCCUGCAAUGAUGACGAGGAGUUGCUUUUGUGGAGGAGUGCCACGACGACGAGCUGAGAGGUGGGCUACACCGAGAUUUGCCCAGGUCUUGGCAGCGAGGAUGGUGUUUGGGUCCAAAUGCAUACAAACAAUGAAAUGGCAUGGGCAAUUUCGACUCGGCAGAAAAGGGUAUUUUUCGGAUCGAUGCAACGUUGGACUGGUUCACCUGUUUCUAGUCCCUGAAGCGGCUGCACUCUCGGAUCCAAGCGCACUUGAGGUCUCACCUGGUAGCAGGCUUCUGUGCUCAGAAGUGCACUAGAACCGAUGAGAUACAUAGAACGGAACCUUUGACCUUUCUGAGGAAGUGGGAGACGUCCCAGUGAGCACAAAACACACGAAUUCUGCUAGUGACGCUACUUAAAAAGCAACGCCGUCACCCUUUCAACUUAUCUCGGGCGUGUUGGCACAGAUUGGGGAUGGAUCAGGCACACGGGUCAGGCACGCUUCUACCAUGCCCAAUCACAGCCGGGACAGCCUCGUUCCCUGCUCCUGGCAGCAAUCCCUCCCAAAAGGGAGAUGCGCAUGAGCUCCCCCUGUUGCGGUCCAAAUGCCGGUGGCCAGGUUGCUGUUGCGGUCAGUGCCACCCAAGUACCGCUGACAAGUCCCGACGGCAUGGUGGUGCAGCUGCGCACACGGACUCAAGUCAG